CUUGUGUAGCACCAUACAUCAGAGCUGAAGGAUUCAUAAGGGCUGUUUAUCUGGAAGAUCAGACUUGCUGUAAUGGAUGACCAGUGUGUGUCCCACAGCAGCCCGAAGCGCAGUGGAGGUCAGGCCAACAUAGAGGUCCAGGUAAAGCCGAGUGUCAUCAAAUGUGGGUGGCUCAGGAAGCAAGGAGGUUUUGUCAAGACUUGGCACAGUCGUUGGUUUGUACUGAGAGGGGACCAGCUCUACUAUUACAAAGAUGAGGAGGAGACCAAAGCCCUGGGAACCAUUUUCUUACCUGGAAACAAAGUCACAGAGCAUCCAACCAACGGCGAUGAAGCGGGAAAAUUUCCUUUUGAGGUCAUUCCAGGGGGAGACAGAGAGCGGAUGACAGCCAACCAUGAGACGUACCUUCUUAUGGCCAGCACCCAGAAUGACAUGGAGGAUUGGGUGAAGACGAUCCGCAGGGUCAUAUGGGCACCUUUUGGUGGAGGGAUCUUUGGUCAGAAGUUGGAGGAGACUGUGCGGUAUGAACGCCGGUUUGGGAACAAGCUUGCCCCUAUGCUCGUGGAGCAGUGUGUGGAUUUCAUUCGGCAGUGGGGCCUUCGGGAGGAGGGCCUAUUCAGGCUGCCAGGUCAGGCCAACCUGGUCAAAGAACUGCAAGAUGCCUUCGACUGUGGAGAAAAACCCUCUUUUGACUGUAACACAGAUGUUCAUACGGUAGCUUCUCUACUGAAGCUGUAUCUCAGAGAGCUGCCGGAGCCCGUCAUCCCCUUCCACAAAUAUGAGGAGUUCCUGGCCUGUGCUAAGCUCCUUGGAAAAGACGAUGAAAUGGGUGUGAAGGAGUUGAGAAAGCUUGUGGAAAUUCUACCUCCAGUGAACUACAACCUUCUCAAAUACAUCUGCAGAUUUCUUGAUGAAGUCCAGUCAUAUUCUGGAGUGAAUAAAAUGAGUGUCCAGAACUUGGCUACUGUAUUUGGGCCAAAUAUCUUGAGGCCAAAGGUUGAGGAUCCGGUUGCCAUUAUGGAAGGUACUGUUCUGGUCCAGCAGCUCAUGGCUGUUUUGAUUGGCCAACAAGAUGUGCUAUUCCCUCAAGAUGAGGACAGCCCCACAGCCCUCGAGCUUGUCAACAACAACAUCGAUUUAGCACGGCGACAAGCUACCACAACUACCUCCACCAUCGCUACGAUAUCCCAAAACGCUGAGAACAACAACACACAUGUGGUGCGGCAGUGUGUUUGGGAAGCACCUGAGUCUCCUUCUCACCGCCAGCAUGUAGACAACAGUGGCUCCCCGCGGUCAGCAAGCCCUCGUAAUGGGGUCAUAGGACGCUUUGACAUCACCCGUAGUCCUCCACUGACUGUUAAAAAGAACCCAGCAUUCAGUAAAGGAAGUGGGAUUGUUACAAAUGGCUCAUUCAGCUCAUCUUCACCUUCCUCAGACCCCAACCAAGAAAAGAGUCCGACUUUGAGUGGAGGUGGGAGUUUACCGGUGCGUCGCAGUGGGACAUUAAAAAGCUCAGGCACAAAAAUGGGCACCAGUGGAGUGACGAGUGGAAGUAGCCCUGGAGGAAAUGGCAAUGGAGCUGUGCGCAUGGGCAUUUCCGGCACUGAUGUGGUCACAGGAAGUCUUAACUGCCGCAACAGUCUUUGGGUACCAAAUGGCUGCGUCACAUUACGGGAGAACAGCAAAGCACGUGACUACUCCAAUGGGGAUCAAACAUCCAAUCAGAACCGUCUGUCCACAUAUGACAAUGUCCAUUUAAACCAUCAGAACCUGCAGCAGCAGAACCAGAUCACCACCACAUGUCUGAACAGCAGCUGCGAGGACAAGCAGAGCGUUGACAGCGCUACCUGGUCCACCUCCUCCUGCGAAAUCUCCCUUCCUGACAACUCCACUUCCUGUCGCUCCUCUACUACCACUUGCCCUGAGCAGGACUUUUAUGGCGGUCACUAUGAUGACCUGGACGGACCAGCCCAAGAUAAUGACCCCCCUCAUUCUGGUGUAAGAGGAGAAGGGGAGGGCAGGAACAGCAACAGAGAAGCAGGUGGAGAUGGAACAGGAAGGAGUAGUCGGGGCACAAGCAGUAGUGAUAAUAGUGAUGGUUUCACUGUUGGUAAUGGAACUGGCAACCACAGCGCUCUGCACAGCUUAGUAGCCAGUCUUAAACAGGAGAUGCAUAAGCAGAAGACUGAGUAUGAAGCCAGGAUAAAAAGCUUGGAGCAGCGUAACCUGGAGCUGGAGACAGAGAUGGUGAGCCUCCAUGAGGAGCUGGACCAGGAGAGGAAGAAAUACACCAUGGCGGAGAUCAAACUGCGCAAUGCUGAGCGCGCCAAGGACGAUGCCGAGCGGCGAAACCAGAUGCUGCAGAAAGAGAUGGAACAGUUUUUCUCCACGUUUAGUGACCUCACCGCAACUGGCAAUGCCACUGCCACCGAACCCCGGCGACCAGAUUGUAACAACACCAUCUGGAUACAGUGAAGGAGGGCGGGAAAUGUGGGUUGUUAAAUCUUUACAAAAUGCCAGUAAAGACUGGAAAUGUACAUUAUGGGGGCUCCAAACAGGAUUUGGCUGCUGUUUGUAGAAGACAUGUUGGGAAGUUAUAUUGCAGUGGUUAAUUUAAAAAUGGGAGGUGCAGGGCUAAUGCAAGCCACCUGUAUAAAUGAAGACAUCACCUGGAGUGAUGUCAUUAUCUGUAAAUACAGCAUUAUUUAAACCGCUCUCAGACACACUCCAACCUACUCAGAAACUGUAGUGGUACGCACUCAUCUGACUAGGCAAUGGAGUAAAGGGACAGUACAUCACAGUCUACAAUGAUAUACAGUACUAUUGUUUUAUCGUAGCUCCUUGAGACAGAUAGGAAAGAAGGAAAAACAUGUAAAAAGGUUGUG